AUGAUUUUUAAUAAACUUUGGCAAUUUAUAAUUUCUUUAACUUUUUUAUUAUCAUGCAUUAAAGCAAGUCAAAAAGUUGCAUUAAAUUUAUCACCUUUUGCAAAAGAAUGUAUUUUCCAUGAAUUAAAUGAUGAUGAUCAUUCUUUAGUUAUUAAUUAUCAAGUUUUACAAGGUGGUAAUUUUGAAUUAGAUUUUGAAAUUACUUCUCCAAAAGGUGAAUCAAUAAUAAAACAAACAAAUGAAAAAUAUGCUGAUUUUUUAUUGAAAACUUUUGGUUUAGGUGAAUAUACUUUUUGUUUUACAAAUCCUUUUAAUGUUAUUAAAAAAGUUGAAUUUUCAAUUGAAUUAGAACAUAAAAAAGAUUCAUCAAAUUCAAAACCAAAAGAUAAAGAUUCAAUUAUUUCUGAACAUUCUUUAGAUGAAAUUGAUAGAAAUAUUAAUAAAAUUGAAAAAAUUUCAAAUUAUUUAAGAGCAAGAGAAUGGAGAAAUAUGUCAACUGUUGAAUCAACAAAUUCAAGAAUUUUUUAUUUAUCAAUUUCAAUUAUUUUAUUAAUGGUGGUUGUUAGUGUUGGUCAAGCUUUAAUUGUUCAAUUUUUAUUUCAAUCACGUACUAAAAAUUAUGUUUAA